ACAGGAUUCUCAAUUUGUAAAUAGGUAAAACUUACUUUACCAAGUUCCACCACGUGCAAAGCUACGCCUCAUCCACUCAUCCGUCUCCCUGACAUUAAGGCGCGAAAAUAUUUUCUCACGUUCUCUCCCCUCCGCCCUGCAACGGAAAUCUUUCGCCGUUCCGAACAGACUCAAACCGAUCCAUCAUCCAUACCGGAGUAAUUCCCAUGCUUUCUCAACCCAAACCCUCCCCCUUAUUUAUUUGCUGUUUUUGCAUUUAAUCCAUAGAAAUCACUUCCAAAAUCCGUAAAGAACAAAAAAAAAAAAAAAAAUUUCAAACUCCUCGAUCUCUUUCAUCGAUCCAAUGGCAAGAACUGUGAUGGUCACCGCGGCAUCAUCGCCGUUGCCGUCGCGCGUCGGUAACGUUCCAGCGGAUCUUGAUCUGAAGGACGUUGAUCUUGAUGUCGAAAUCGAAGGCGUGAAUCCUCUGAAUCUUGGAAUCCAAGGGUUAGGGCUAAAGGUGCAUCCAUGGAUUCACGAUGAGGUGCAGAAAUGUGAGGAGUUUGAGUCGCCUAAGCGUCAGAUUUUAGGAUUGGACAAUGAAGAAAUUACUGUAAAGCAUAAGAUUGAGGUACUGGAACGAAAAGUGCGAGGUUUAAUGUUCGAGAAAGGGGUAAACCAGGGUAAGUUCAAGAAAUGUGGGAAUGAGAGUGAAAUUGAAGAAUGUAAGGGUUUGAAUGAGAAGGAAAUCCAACAAACGGUUUUCAAUGUAAUCCUUGGAGAAGGGAAAAGUAGCAAUGGCUUUGAAGAAACGGAGAAACAAGAAGAAUUUGAGGCAUUGAAGGAUAUAUCGCAUCAAGCCGUGGAGAUUGAAGUUGACAUUGCUCGAUUCCAAGAGAAUCCUGUCCAGUUGGUGUCGAAGAAGAAAGAACUCGCUGCCAAACUGAAAAGGCUGAAAGGAAUGCUGGAUGAGCUUGAUUGGAGUGAUGCGGAAUUUGAAAAUGAGAUGAAAGAGGGGAGUGCGAGUGAUGAAUCGUCAACUUGUGAUUUGGAUGCUGAAGUAGAGGGAAGAGAAGUGAAUGUUGAGGAGGUUGGAGAGAGUAGAGUGCAUAGAUUGCGCAAUGAGAUUGAGUUGUUGGAGUUGAUGUUGUCAAGGGUGACUAUUGGCUUGCUUGAUUCAGAGAUAUUGAAGGGAGAAGUGGGGGCUUUAAGGGGGUCUGAGGAGGCAGUUAGGGAGAUGAGAGUAAAGAUGGUGGAAUUUCAUGACAGGCUGUGGGAGCUGAAGAGGUCUAUUUUGGAGUUGACAAGCAAGAAGACCAAGGAAUUGAUAGGCUGGAUCAAGACAGAAGAGCAGAAGUUGAAGACUGAUGGAGAGGAGAGAGUGAAGGGCUCAAAGCUGAAUUGGGGUGCAAUUGCAACAUCUAUUGGAGCCAUUAUUGUAGCUACCGCUGUGGUUUUCAUGAGACACGGAAAGGAGAAAGCAAAAGUAGAGAGGGGAAACAAGAACUGAACUGGUUAUAAUUUCUUUCCCCAGCGCAUUUUGUUUAUCACUUUAGGCACUACAGUAGUUCUGAAUACAGAUGUAAAGCUCCUGCCUUGUCUUAGAGUGAAUUAGGUUCUAUAUCCAAGUGUCCGUAUGAACUGGACAAGUCUGAAUUCUCAAUUGCUAUGGUAUCUGAUCCUUGUAUUUUGAAAAUUUAGUGAUGGAAGAAGCAAUGCUGGUUUUGUAAUUUAGUCUACUAUGUUCUAGGACGCAAGCAUUUUUU